AUGGCACCUCGAUCUUUCAAGAAGCUUUCAAUUGCGGUCAGCGGUACCAUCCCAGGGUACAAGCAGGCCGAUAUUAAGUCGCUGGUUGAAGCUUCAGGUGCUAUGUUCGCUGCAACAGUGGAUGAUUCCUGCACACAUCUGAUUACCACGCAAAAGGACGCUGCGAAAAAUGCGAUCAAAUACCAACAAGCAUGCAAGGUUAAAACUUGCAAGAUUGUAACAGUGGACUGGCUGGUAGCUUCGAGUGAGGCGAAGAAAGUUCUUCCCGAGAAGACCUAUCUUCUCUCGGAUUCAAAUGUCAAAGUCGAAAUCCCAAACAUGGAUGGUACUACCGAAAACACAAAGAAGCGUACCAUCAAGCAAGAGGAUGAAGAUCAGUCAGAAUCAAACAAAAAGCCGAAGGACUCACAGCGGACAAGCUUCAAAUCCUCCUUGAACGUUCCCAUCGAUGACGCAUUCUUCCACAAUUCUCCCUUCCAAAACAAGAAUGAUCCCAUGGUUUGGAUUGAAGAUUCUGGGCUUAUUUGGGAUGCAACACUAAAUCAGGCGGACUCUGGAAAGAACAACAACAAAUUCUACCGUGUGCAGUUGAUCGUAUCGCCAGACGAAGAGGAAUUCGUUACGUGGACUCGCUGGGGUCGCGUCGGUGAAUUCGGCCAGUAUGCUUCUUUGGGACAUGGCCCCCUUGAAGCAGCUAAGGCUGCAUUUCAAAAGAAGUUCAAAGAUAAAUCCGGAUUGAAGUGGGAAAACCGCCUGGACACUCCAAAGCAGGGGAAAUACACCUUUAUCGAGCGAAACUACGAGGACGAUGACUCUGAUGACACGGUAGAGAAGAAGGAGUCUGAAGAUGUGCAGAUCAAGGUGGAGAGUACUUUGACCAAGCCCCUGCAAAACCUCAUGUCCUUCAUUUUCAACCCUGAACACUUCCAGUCGGCGAUGGCGUCGAUGUCAUACGAUGCGCAGAAGUUACCGCUGGGAAAAUUGAGUGACCGGACCCUGAAAACUGGUUUCUCGAUCCUGAAGGAACUAGCGGAGCUCAUUGCUGAAACUACCCACGACACAAACUGGCAAAGGUCUAUUGAGAGCCUGAGCAAUAGAUACUUUACCACGAUCCCUCAUGUCUUCGGGCGGCACCGACCUCCGGUUUUGAACUCUGAUCAAUUGAUCAAAAAGGAAGUCGAAUUGCUCGACGCCCUGACCGACAUGGAUGUCGCAAAUGAAAUCAUGAAAGAUUCCAAACUUUCGGAUGUCAACGAGCUAGAUCGCCAGUUCCAGGGCCUCGGCAUGAAAGAAAUGACUCGAGUGGAACAAAAUACAAGCGAAUACCAUGAGCUAGCUGCCUACCUCAAUAGUUCCCGUGGUGCAACCCACAACAUGAAAUAUCAAAUCAUUGAUAUCUUCCGGAUUGAGCGCCAGGGUGAGAAUGAUCGCUUCACAUCCUCCCCAUUCUCACAAUUGAAAAACAGCGACCGCCGCCUACUAUGGCACGGCUCGCGCAGCACAAAUUUCGGUGGCAUUCUCAGUCAGGGUCUGCGCAUCGCCCCUCCAGAAGCACCCGUUAACGGGUACAUGUUUGGAAAAGGCGUCUAUCUCGCCGACACAUCAAGCAAGUCCGCGAAUUAUUGUUGCCCAUACAAUAGUGCGAACAUGGGGCUGCUGUUGCUAUGUGACGCAGAGCUCGGUGAUCCAAUGUUGGAGCUGACCCACAGUGAUUAUAAUGCCGGAGAGAACGCGAAAAGUCAAGGAAAGAUUGCUACGCUUGGUCGAGGUCGUUGCGUUCCUGGCGGGUGGAAAGAUGCGGCCUGUUUGACUCCUGAACUGAAGGGAGUCACGAUGCCCGACGUGGCGGUUGGCCAGGCAGGGAACGACAAUGUCUUCUUGCAAUACAAUGAGUACAUCGUAUACAAUGUGGCCCAAAUCAGACAGCGGUACCUCUUUUACGUUCACAUGCGGUGA